AUGUCGGGCGAACACCACUCUGUCGCCGUUGAUGGCGACAAGCAGCCCGUUGCAGAGAGUGUCUUGGAGCAGCCAGAGGCCGGAGCUCCCACCGCGGAGAGCCAGGCAUCUCUGGACAAUGUCGAAUCCGACGAACACAGCGUCGCCAACAUCGAGCGAAUCUACAGAAAGCUGGACCGCCGCAUCAUCUCCGCUUUUUGGAUCCUCUAUUUCCUCUGCUCGGCCAUCCGGUCCAAUGUAGGCCUGGCCCAGACCAUGAACGCGGACUCUGGGCACGACCUCGCCGACGUCCUCCACCUCACACCGCACCAGAUCUCGACAGGUCUGGCCCUCUUUUACGUUUGCUAUGUAAUCUUCGACCUGCCGUCGAAUCUCAUCAUGACCCGUCUCAGCCCCCACGUCUGGAUGAGUCGCAUUGUCAUCAGUGUCGGUCUGAUAGGUAGCUGUCUUGCCGCGAUGAAAGCCGCCUGGAGCUUCUAUCUCCUCCGCUUGCUUCUGGGUAUCGUCACGGCAGGAAUGUGGCCCGGCAUGACGUACUACUUGACACUAUUCUACCCACCAUCCAGAAUCGGCAAGCGAAUCGGUCAAUACUUCACCGCAUCCCAAGUCUCCGCUGCAGUCGUGGGUCUCGUCUCCGCCGGCUUCCAAAAGAUGGAUGGCGCAAAGGGCCUCGUAGGCUUCCAAUGGAUGUUCCUUGUCUACGGCGUCAUCACCGUAGCACUCGGUUUCGUGCUCCUUUGGUGGCUUCCUGAUCGCCCGACACCGCCGGGUGAGGAGCCUCCCAAGCGCAGCGCUCUGAUGCGCUGGGUCCCUGAUAGUAAGCCUGCGCUGCAAGGCCAAGACGCUAUCGUGCAUUACCACGAUAUGAAGCGGGUUUAUCAUGCGCGGCCGUGGUCGCUGCGAGAUCUCUUGGCUGUGUUUUUGGACUGGAGACUUUGGCCCUUGCUCGUGAUGUACUUUGGUGUUGUGGGUGUUGGAAUUGGAGUCCAGCUGUAUGCCAACUUGAUUAUCCAGGCCAUCAAUCCUAAUCUCAGUGGUGUGGAUUUGAGUCUAUUGACAGCCCCGAUCUGGAUUAUGGAUCUCAUCGCCAUCCUCCUCGUCACGCCAAUGUCUGAUCGCUUCCAUCGUCACCGUGCCCUUUUCUUCUCCAUUCCGGUCCUUCUUCAAAUCCUAGGCCUCCUACUUACCAGCUAUGCGGGCUCAGACGCCAACCCUUGGCCUCGGUACGGUGGACUACUGAUCGUCGGCUUUGGCCUUGGUCCCACAGUGCCAAUCACCAUGACCUGGACAGCGGAGAUUUUCCAGCCGCGCCACGGCGAGGUCGGUGUAGCUGCUGCUUCAGCCGUUGUCUCUGGCUGGGGUAAUCUGGGCAGUAUUCUCACGACAUAUGCACUGUAUUCCGGAUGGGCCAGUGACUACGAGGCCCCAGGUCGCCAAAAGUACCGCAAGAGUAACCUUGUUAUGAUUGGGAUCUUGAUUGCGAGUAUUUUGGCUGCAGUGUUGAUGGAGGUUGCGCUGCGGUUUGUCGAUGGACGACAUGGAGAUGAGGAAGUGGUUGAUGGUGCUGGGAGACGCGAAGUGCGCCAGCGUGGAUUGAGUGGACUUGGAGCUGGCGUGAUGCGGUGGGCGAGACGUGGGAAGAGGAUCGUGAAGUAA